ACCACCUAUUCUUCAAGAGCACUUUAGUAAAGGGAAGGAAAGAACAAUCAUUUUUAAAACAUUUCUUUUUAUCUUAAUGGAUCCGCGGACACACAUCAGAUCCAACUCGACCCGAAUCGGCCGACAGUAAGUAGUACUCAGUAUUCCGUAGUUUCACCAGUGACCAGUCAGAGAUCAUCGGAGCAAUCUCUGUUCUUCCAAUCCAGAAACGUGUAAAGAUUUAGUUGUUCACAAGUAAGAUAUGGAUUCAUCAACUGCGUUAUACAAUCAGCUUAAGGGAGCACAACCAUUCUUUGUGUUAGCUGGUCCCAAUGUGAUUGAAUCUGAAGAACAUAUUUUACAUAUGGCCAAACAAAUCAAGGCUAUCACUUCAAAACUUGGAUUGCCAUUAGUUUUUAAGUCAAGCUUUGACAAAGCUAACAGAACCUCAUCAAAGUCUUUUCGUGGGCCUGGAUUAGCUGAGGGAUUAAAGAUCCUUGAAAAGGUCAAAGUCACAUAUGACUUGCCCAUAGUGACUGAUGUACAUGAAUCUAGCCAGUGUGAAGCCGUUGCCAGGGUUGCAGAUAUAAUUCAAAUUCCAGCAUUUUUAUGUCGACAGACUGAUCUCCUAGUUGCAGCUGCUAAGACUGGCAAAAUUGUAAAUAUUAAGAAAGGCCAGUUUUGUGCUUCCUCUGUGAUGACCAACUCAUCAGAAAAAGUCAGAUUGGCUGGAAAUCAAAAUGUUAUGGUUUGUGAGAGAGGAACCAUGUUUGGUUACAAUGAUUUAAUCGUUGAUCCACGCAACUUUGAGUGGCUUCGAGAAGCUAAUUGUCCUGUAGUAGCGGAUGUGACACAUGCGUUGCAACAACCUGCUGGGAAAAAGCUGGAAGGUGGUGGUGUUGCAAGUGGAGGUCUCCGGGAACUAAUACCCUGUGUUGCAAGGACAGCUGUCGCUGUGGGAGUGGAUGGGCUUUUUAUGGAGGUGCAUGAUGACCCGCUUAAUGCUCCGGUUGAUGGUCCAACACAAUGGCCUCUGCGACAUUUGGAGGAGCUUCUAGAAGAGCUUGUGGCAAUUGCUAGGGUUACCAAAGGGAAGCACAAGUAUGAUAUUGACCUUACUCCAUAUCGAGAAUCUGUUGACUUUCUGGUGGCUUCAAGAGAUUUCUGGCAAGUUUCUUUGAGCUUCUCUUCCUCUCGUUCUUUGUCCCACAGUGAUGGCAGUGGACCAAGCAAUUUCUGGUGGCUUCAAAAGAUUUUUGACGACUUUUCGGUGGCUUCAAGAGAAUCCGUCGACUUUCCGGUGGCUUCAAGAGAUUUCCGCCGACCUCAAGCGAUUUUCCGGCGAGAGAGGCAACAAUUCUGCCGACUUCAGGUGAUCUCGGUGACGUUUCAAACUCUUUCCGGCGAUGUUUCACGUUUCAGACGACAAUUUUUGGCGAGGUUUUAUAUUUCAGGUGGUUUCCAGUGA